AUUCAUGGCGUUUGUGUGUUCUGUCCUAAGUAAAAGCGUGAUUACAUUCAUCUGCUCCCUAAAGAGUGACUUUUGUCAUCAACAACAGGAAGACAUGAAGACCAAUGUCUCAAUAUAUCCUUAACUCUGCGAUACAGAAAAUCAAGAAUUUUGAUAACCUUCAAAUUUUGUUGUUUUGUCAUUCACUAGAAUAAUCCUAUCCUAUUCCCAUUUUUAAAAUUUAUCUAUACAAAAUAAUAUUUUUAUUUAUAAGUGUAAAAGGUGACUUUCCAUUAAUAGAGUUUCUAAACAUUUGAUUGUAUAGUCCUUAUAGAAUUAGGAUUUGCAUAAGUCGGUAAGAUAAUGAUUAAAGUAUAUUUAGAUAAACAAAGAUUAGAUUAGAGUUGUUUAUUAUUUGUAACCUGUACAUAUAUAUAUUUAGAGUGAGAGAUAAGCCGAUACAACACUAUCAAGAGUCCAAAGCUCUUUCUUGCUUUACACGAUCUCCACGGAAGAUGCAGAACCAUAACUCCUCUAUGGAUGAGAUCUCUUCUCUGCCCCCUAAUAACCCUUCUUCCAACGGAAGGAGAUCAAGAGGAAGCUCCCAUAGUAACGAGGGGGAGACAAGUCAGCCUACUGAUGCUGGUUUCCAGAUGGAAGACUCUUCUCCAACUCCAAGGAUUAUAUCUCGAGAGGAAUGCUUUACUAGUGCAGGUUAUCAGCUUCUGAGUGGCCGUUGGGCAGCUGCAUUGCAUCUAUACAAUGACCCUUCUGUUGAUGUGUCUGGUGAGUUUAAGACUCUUUGAGAUUAUAGAUUUUUUUGAUGAUUAAAUUGCUUGAAUCUUUCUGAUUGUCUUGUAUAUGAUCAAAUAGUUUCUUCCAAGAAGUAUAUGAUAUAAUUAACUAUGUUCUAACUGUUAAGCUAGAUGUGCUUCACAUUUAAAACCAAUUGGUGAAUUAGUGGAGUGACCCAUUACCGAUGUGGGACAAUUAUAUGUCUAAUACGCCCCCUCGAGAUGAUGGCUCUUUGAGCGUCAAUCUCGGAAUGUUCGGGCAAGAAUCGAUGGGCCAACUUUGGGCCAGAUCGAUGUGGAUCGGGUUGGACUGCAAGGAUCAGGCUCUGAUACCAUGUUAAGCUAGAUGGGCUUCACACUUAAAAUCAAUUGGUGAUUAGUGGAGUGACCCAUCCACCUUAUAUAUUACUAAGGAUCCCUUCCAACUACCGACGUGGGACAAUAUAUGUCUAAUACUAACUUUUCAGAAAGACCAGUGAUGUAUCGUGAUGAUGAUGUGUCGAGCGAAACUAAACCAUUACAGAUAGAGGUUUCAUCCAAGCAAGACAUUACCUCCACCAAAGUUACCAAGUGAUUACAGAACCGAGCUCUGUCAUGGAUUGGCUGAUUCAAAGGUCGUCAAGCUCUAACCUGGUGCAGCAUCCACGUCCAUCACAUACUGAACUUUGU